AUGGCCAUCCUCGUCACCGGCGGCACAGCCAAAACCUCAGUGCGCCUCGGCGCCAUCCUGCGCGACACCAACGUCCCAUUCGUGAUGGCCGCGCGCCGGCCCGACGCCGUUCCCGCCGGCAUGCCCAAAGUCAAGUUCGACUGGUACGACAAGUCAACAUGGAGCGCGCCGUUCGACCACAGCUUCCCCGGCGGCGAGACUAUUACCGCCGCCUACAUCGUCCUCGGCGCCGACUUCAGCAUCGUCGCGGCGGCCAACGACUUCAUCGACUACGCCGUCAAGAAGCACGGCGUCAAGCGCUUCGUCAUGUGCGGCGGCGGCUCGAGCGAGCCGGGCACGCCCAUGGCGGGCGAGGUGUGGCAGCACUUGAUCGACGUCGGUGUCGAGCACUGCGUGUUGAAGCCGACGUGGUUCAUGGAUAACUUCUCCGAGGGCUGGCACCUGCAGGAGAUCCGGACCGAAGGCAAGCUGCACACGGCGACGGGCGAUGGCAGGAUCCCCUUCAUCAGCGCCAAGGACAUCGCUGCCAUGGCAGCCAAGCUGCUUACGACGGCGGACAAGCUGAAGUCCAACAGGCAUCGCGUCACCGGGCCGGAGAAGCUGACGUACGAUGAGAUCACCGAGAAGCUGAGCAAGGGUAUUGGGAAGAAAGUUGAGCACGUGAAGAUGUCGGAGGAGGACAGGAGGCAGAACUUCCUCAAGAACGGAUUGCCGGAAUACUGGGCCAACUACCUGGCCAUGACCGAGGCGAAUGCCGCUAAGAAUGAAAGCGACGGGCAGAUACAGACUGACGAGUUAGAGCUGAUCACUGGCAGUAAGGGCCAGACAUUUGACGAGUUUGUGGAAGAGAACAAGGCUAUCUGGCAAUAA